GAUACGGGAGGAUAGGAACCGGGCCGACCGCGUGCUGGGACUAGAGAGGGACGAGGCCCCAGACCGUCCCAUCUCUCCACACAAGACCAACGGGUACGGGGAGGGCGACGCCCUCAACCUUAGCAGUAAGAGCGACUCGCGGGACGACCUGAGCGACGCCCCGACGCCGCGCGACGACCGCGACGACAAGGAUGACGGCCUCUCCGACGCCGACGACCUCGACGACAAGAAUGACCUGAGCGACAGGGACGACUUCGACUACCCAGAUCGCCCCUCCCUACACUACAACAACAACAACCUCACCUCCACCACCAACAACAACAGCAGUUCAGGCGGGGGCGUGGGCGGGCUGGGGGCGGGCAUGAGCACCCUGCUCUCCGGCACUAUCAGCAGCAGCAGCAGUAGCAGCAGCAGUGUCCCCACGCCCACCACCUCGCAGAGCUCCGCCCUCCUGCCCGUCGCCGACGACCGCUUACCUCCAGGUUUGAGUGGGCUGGCCGGCUUAAGUAUGGGCGGGCCGGAUGCAACGCCGCCCACCCCACACCACCCACCUCUCUCCUCCCUUGAGAACCUCCUCGGCAACAUCCAGAACCUGCUGAAGGUGGCGGCAGAGAGCGUCAGGCACGAGGAGAAGCAGUGGAUAAGAGAGAAGGAGCACCUGCAGCUGGAGUUCCAGCGACAGAAGGAGAUGAGGGAGCGACUCGAGAAGCAACUGGUCGAGGACGAGAAGGUCAAGUUACUCUACCUCCGUAAGCUGAAGAAGGAGAAGCGGGCCCGACGACGUCUGGAAGAGGAACUGACGGAGAAGCUGAAGCGACUUUCCCAGUACGAACCCAACGCCAAGGAGCUGCUGAGGGCUGCUG